AUGUUGGGGAAGGCGGCCAGCUGCAAUCACACAAGCCAGGGCCGGAGGGCAGUGGAGCAGCUGCGGACAGAAGCCGGGCUGGAGAGAAUGAAGGUCUCCAAGGCAGCCCGCGAGCUGCUGCAGUACUGCCGGGCGCACGCCCAGAGCGACCCGCUGCUGACCGGGGUCCCUGCCUCUGCCAACCCCUUCAAAGACAAGAAAACCUGCAGCAUCCUGUGAGGUCCCUGGACCCAGAGCCCCAUCCGGACAACCGGGAGCAGCCUCUGAAGAGGGGGGCAGCUGGGUUCCUAUCACCGUCCCCGCUCCCACCGCUGUGACCUGGC